UGUUCUCUGCACACACCAAAACAACACGACGUGCUGUACGCAGAUGAGAAAUGGUCCAUACCAUCAAACACGCUAUAGGAAACACGCUGGAGGAUCUGAGGAAAAACUGCUUCCUUAAGUUUUGUCACCAGCUGCGAGACCGCAGAGAGGAGCCGCGGGUCCGCCACAGUGAGGUGGAGGAUAAAACUGUGUUGGAGAUCACAGACCUCCUGGUUUCAACUUUCACAGAGCCCAAAGCUCUUCAGGUGACUCUGGAUAUACUGAGGCAGAUUAACUGCAACAACGAGGCUGAGACACUGUAUUUACAAACCAAAGCCUGUGUGGACAAUGGUGACCCUACCUUCCGUAAGACCUCGAGUGGGGCGUUGGAGAUGAAGCCCUCACAGGAGGCUUGGAACUAUGCAGCCGGCCGGCGGCCUUUAGGAGCUGCUCGACAGGGAGAUUCUCCUGUGAAGAAGCCAGAGGAAGUGGAGGCUGAAGCAAAGGCCUGUGUUGUCUCUGAGGGUGGGGACCCUUGCAAAAAAAGGCUCGUUCUAAGCAGGUUUACGAUUCAGUUUGGCCAGUACAAAGAUAAAACCUUUAAAUGGCUGUUGGAGAAUGAUGUAAGCUACGUUGCCAUGUUGGUGGCUCGUCACCAGAAGGAGCAAGAGGACUCAGUGAGUCAGAGUCCACUGAUGGUCAACAAGGACUCCUUGACUCAAUACGCGAUUGCUUACCCUGAGGUUUUGCAAGAAGUCAGAUUUCAUCGUGGAUACGAGAGAUCUCUCCAGUCAGGCCAAAAAGGAAAGGCGCUUGUUGGCUUUGGUAAGCAUCGAUCAGAGACGCUGCAGGACCUGUACGAGUCAAAGGACAAGCACAAAAUGAGCUAUGUCAACUUUCUCCGUUCCAAAAAGUCGACCUGCGACCCAGGGUCCAAAAUGGACAUCGCUGUCAAAUACAUUUUGCAGCGUGACCGAAAGCAGGCCGCAGCUGCCAGAGGGAGACUGACCAGAAGGGCCCAAAGCACCAGAGGCCAGCCCACCAGCACCUCAAGGACCUCAAAGAAGAGCCUGAAAAGGAGCUGGAGGUCAUCACAUCCCUAGCUGUCCCUGGUGACCAACCAUCGUUGUCUUUGGAAAUCAGUGGCCUUUCCUCCUGCGGCAUGCAACAACUCUUAGGACAAAAACAUGUACAAGUUUUUUUACAUCAGUAUUGAUAAGCAUUAAUUAAAUGGUUUUUUUUUUGGGGAGGGGGGGUGAGGGUUCCACUGAGGGUCGAAACAGAUGUUGUACACAUUGUAAAACCCCUUGAGGCAAAUUUGUGAUUUGUGAUAUUUGGCUACAUAAACAAAACUGACAUGACUUAACACAUUAUUUAUUAACAUUAAUAAACCCCUUUUAUUACAA